AUGUUGAUACAAAAAAAUUCAAAUGCGAAAGAGACACCUCCAACAAGACGUUGCCAAGCAGCUUCUAUAUGUGAGAGUUAUUUACAUGAGGAGAAGAGUUACAUUCCGAUGAUUAGGCUGAAGGUUGAGCUUCAUGGAAAUGAUAUGUUUGAUAGACAUAGAUUCAGCACUCAAUUCAAGGGAUUGGUAGCCAAUCCAAAUGACAUGUUGUCUAUAUCUAGGAAAACUGGAAGAAGAGAAGAAAUUGAAGUUCAUCAACCAGAUGAAGAAAAGGUUGAAAUAACACACAUACUGAGAAAGAUUCUUGGGAAUGUUGAGUUUGGAGUUUUAAACAGACUUUGCUUUUCUGAAAGUUUGGAAGAAUACGUUCGAGGAGAUAGCAACGCCUUUAUGGGAAUGAUUAGAAAGAACAUCGAAAAGGUUAUAGAUACAAUAGACCAUUCUUCCAUUGUGGAUGAAGAUGUAAUUAAGGCCAUGAAGAAAAUCAGCCGUGAGGAAGACCGCAGUUAUGAUGCAGAACAUGUGAGGACUGAGGAAAAUAUGGGAGUUUCUGAUGGGAAGGAGAUAGAAACGAGCUCUAUGGAUAAAAAGCUAGAAGGAGGGAGUCUAUGUCAUUCUUCGGAUAGCAAUGAAGGAAGCGAAUCUAGAAUCAAAAAGAAUUUCGCAUUGGAAGACUUAAUUGGAAGGAAAUACCUAGGAAAAAGAGUAAGGAAGAACAAGGAGGAUUCAAGCACAGAUGUCUCUUUUACAUUCUCAAAAUAUCUGUGA